UCCCAAACAAUAAUUCCAGCUUGUUGCCUAACCUUUACGUUCUUUUGCUUUCGCAUUUGCUUUUUGUUCAUUAAUUUAUUUAUAAAUUCCUGCCUUUAAGCUGUAUUCAGUGAUUUUAAAGCGUGUGGUAUUAAAGCCUGGCAUUUUCUGCUGAAUUUCUAAUCCUAAAAGUCUCUCUUUUCUCUGAUUCCGCAAAGAGAGAGAGAGGGGAAGUGGAAUGAGAAGAUUGAAGCGAUUGGGAAGAAAUUAGCUUCAGGAAGAGGUGAAAAUGGUGGUGAGGAAGGUAGGCAAGUAUGAAAUCGGAAGGACUAUCGGAGAAGGAACGUUCGCCAAGGUGAAGUUCGCGCAGAACACGGAGACUGGCGAGAGCGUGGCACUUAAAGUUCUCGAUCGCAGUACCAUCAUCAAGCACAAAAUGGUCGAUCAGAUAAAGAGGGAGAUAUCUAUAAUGAAACUUGUUAGACAUCCUCAUGUUGUUCGUCUCCACGAGGUUUUAGCGAGCCGGACUAAGAUUUAUAUAAUUUUGGAGUACAUUACUGGUGGUGAAUUGUUUGAUAAAAUAGUUCAGUGUGGACGUCUUAGUGAAGCUGAAGCUAGAGGAUACUUCCAACAACUUAUUGAUGGUGUGGAUUAUUGCCAUAGUAAGGGAGUCUACCACAGAGAUCUAAAGCCAGAAAACCUUUUACUUGAUUCCCAAGGGAAUUUAAAGAUUUCAGAUUUUGGUCUUAGUGCCCAGCCUGAACAAGGUGUUAGCCUCCUGCGGACAACAUGUGGGACCCCGAACUAUGUGGCCCCAGAGGUUCUUAGUCGCAAGGGUUAUGUUGGCACUAUUGCAGAUGUUUGGUCCUGUGGGGUCAUCCUUUAUGUUUUGUUGGCAGGUUAUCUUCCAUUUGAUGAUGUUGAUAUCACCUUGUUAUACAGUAAGAUUGCCAAGGCAGAAUUUUCUUGUCCGUCAUGGUUUCCAGUGGGAGCAAGAUCCUUAAUACACAGAAUUCUGGAUCCAAAUCCUCAAGUGCGUAUUACAAUUGAAGAAAUCAAAAGUGACGAAUGGUUUAAGAAGGAUUAUGUUCCUGUCAGACUUAUUGAGUAUGAAGAUAUUAAUCUGGAUGAUGUAAAUGCCAUUUUUUAUGAUCCUGAGGAACAAUGUGCCAACGAGCAAUCCAGGAACAAUGAUACGGGUCCUUUGAUUCUUAAUGCAUUCGACUUAAUAAUUCUAUCUCAAGGCUUGAACCUGGCAUCCCUCUUUGAUAAAGGGCAGGACUCUGUGAAGCAUCAGACACGAUUUGUUUCACAGAAGCCAGCAAAGGUUGUUCUGUCUAGCAUGGAAGUUGUUGCCCAAUCAAUGGGUUUCAAGACACAUAUCCGCAAUUAUAAGAUGAGAGUGGAAGGCAUUUCUGCCAACAAGAAUGCCCAUUUCUCAGUUAUACUGGAAGUUUUCGAGGUUGCUCCUACUUUUUUAAUGGUGGACAUUCAGAAAGCAGCUGGUGAUGCUGGUGAAUACCUAAAGUUCUACAAAAAUUUUUGUAGCAACCUUGAAGAUAUCAUUUGGAAACCACCCAAUGAAACGAGCAAAUCAAGGAUCACCGAUUCUAAAAGCAAGAGGCGCUGAUUUUUUAUCCUUCAAUGCCAUCUGCAUUUCACGUGGAUAUGGCCUAUAUACACAGUCGCAGACUGUCAUUGUGACCUUGGAGCGAGUCGCGGUUUUCAUAACCCG